UCUGGUCUUCUCUUCAACGAGGCUUUUUUUCCUUCUUCUUCUACUUCUCCUCUUCUCUUUUGUUUCAACGGACGAAGUGAAUUUCACGAUGAAGUGGCCGGUGUUUUGUCCGUCCGCUCCUGGCGCGCGUGGACUCUCGAGCGUCCCGGGUGACGUCGCCCCGGAUCUUUGGGACCCAGCCGUUGGGAGUUCAGCGCCGAGGCGUCGGAUGGAUGAUGAGGAGGAGGACAUGUCACGGCCCAUCUCGCAGCUCUGGGGAACGCCCUUCAGGGACGUCAAAUACGAAGAAAGCGCCACGCAGAUCGCGGCCGGACAGGCCCUCGCCGCCGUCACCGCCGCCGUGCCCACGCCGCAGAGCCACAACAACAACAACAACAGCGUCGGCAUCCACACGCUGCCCUGCAGCUUGCACCGGCGGCCUCGCAUACCCUUUUACGGCAACGCUGGAUUACGCUCACAUUUCCCCGCUCAGUUUGAGCCCAUGGAGGACCGGGGAGAGAGGCAGACUGGAGAGGAGGAGGAAGAGGGCAGAGGGGAGGAGGAUGACAGGAUGGCAGAGAGGCCCGAGGAGGAGGCAGGGGUGAGCGUCGAGGCGCGAAUCGGUCGUAAACUUCGGGAGAUCGGAGACAAGUUCCAACAGGAUCACGUUGAACUGUUCACGAGGCAUCAGAGACAAAACCUGCCGGCCUGGAUGCGCCUCACGGUGACCCUGUUUGGCUUUCUGUUCCCGAGAGCGGCCCUCGUGCCCCUCGUGCCCCGCCUGAGAGGAGCGCAGAGAUGAACGGGCUUCCUGCCGGCCCUCCACCUUUUGUUUUCGCCCCGACAGGGACAAAGGGACCAGACUUUCAAGAGAUGGCACUGUAAGAUGGAACACGGGUUUGGAUUUUGUUUUCCAAUUGAACACGAAGAUGAGAUGAAGAAAAACUCUGGUCACCGCUGGACGGAGACCGCUUACAAUAUUUCUUUCUUUUGUUGUUGUUGUUGUUGUUGUUUCCCCCCCCCCCCCCCCCGCCCGCCUCUCCGAUAAGAAGCCAUUGCGUUUGAAGAGAUAUUUUCGAAAUAUUUGUAAGAUGACCUAUUUUGUACAGUAAACUGCUCUUUUUAUUUGGUAUCUCAAGUCUUGAAGGACCUCCAUCAGUCCAGGGAAUGCCUUAUGCUCUCCUCGCCACAGUACUUUUUGCAUCAAGGACAUCAUCAAAUAAAAGAGAUUAAUUUUAAGAUCAGGCCACUUUUUUUUGUUUUUGGCGACAAACUGUGGACGUGGACAUUUCUGCGCUGAAAGUUACCGACUUCAGAACCGUGAGGACUCGAGGCACAUUUCUAAUUUAUUCUCAGACAAACAAUAAGCCCCGUACUUAUCCUAAUUUGAUGGCGUUGCCACACAGCAGAGACGUUUUACCAGCUUCCACUGUAGACGUAAAGGGCCUUUAUAUCAACCCGCCUCAUCCAUCAGCCGCUCCAUCUUCAGCACCACCCGUCACGUGUUUAGAAGUGGCCUAAAGACCCACUGCGUAGAUUCAGAUCCGGUCCAUUUGAAAAGGGGAAACACGCGUAUACUUGAAUGCAGGCGUCCCGAAGACAUUCUCGCGGGGUGACUUGGAUACCUCACGUUGCUCUCGGACCUUGUGAUCAUGUGUGUGUAGUCGUGCGUGCUUACUGUUUCCAAAAUCUGCAGUCAUUUUGAAAACCAAAUAAGCACAAACAAAUCUCCUUUUUGUGGGAUCACGAUCAGGGAAGUGGAAAAACAAUCACACGGCGGAAAAUCUUCAGAUCGACAUCAUCGUGUUCGGAAAAGCUUUUCGGCGUUUCUUUCUCCGGCUGGAUUGACAAUCGCAAAUGUUGCCCGUUGCGUUUUUUUUUAAGGGGGGGCGAGCACUAUUCAAGCCAGCGGAAGAAAGCUGAAAUCUUAUUGAUGUGUUGCAUUCGCAAUCAAACUGAUAUCCACAGGAGGACGUUUCCCAAAAUAUGGCUGUGUUCUCAAUGAAAUACACUUCUUAAAUGUCUUGUCGGGUUACUUGAGAUGGAUUUUUAUUUUAUUUCACUCCAGGUGUCAAUGUCUCGAAGCACUGAUUCAAUCCCUCCGUGCUGAUGCGUGUAUGUAUCCACGUCUCGUUCAAGUGCUUUCAGCAAACUGCCGGUGGUGUGUUCAGCCUCACUGAGAACUUAGUAACAACAGCUUCUUCACACUUCAAGAAGACGUUUUUUUUUUUUUUUUACCAACACACGGACACAUUUUGGGUAUCGGAGAAGGUUUAUGAGCUCCUUUGUGAUAACUGCUACGUCGGCAUUUUUGCAACGUCACAGCCACUGUUAAUCAAUAUACGGUUUAUAAAGUUAAAAAGGUCUUGGAAGGACUUUAAAUAGGAUGUUUUGAAAAAAUAAUCCUAAUUUGAUGUAUUAUUUCAGUCUGUUGUAGAUUCAUAAUAUGAACGUUUGAAGACACUGAUGGUUUUUUCUUUUAUCUUUUCGUCAGGGAGUAGUUAGGAGCCGUGUUAAAAUACCUGAUGCUUAUUCUGAGUUGUGUUUGCAAAUAGUCUGCCUUUGAACGACGGCUCCAUGUUUCUUAAUCUAGACGAUGCUCCACGAGCAAAAAGAUAUUUCAUUCUACCUUUUUUUUUCUGUUUCAUGUUUUUUUUUUCCAAAGCGCGUUAACUCCACAUGGAGGUUUUCCUUUUCUCUGUGACGACAAACGCUGAACCCAAAGUCUGUUUUCCUGCCAACACUGAACGUUGAGCCAUAGGCGAACUCCGGUCUCCAAGCCCAAAGCUCCGCCCUCCUUUGUCGCCGCGGAAACGUCACGUCGAACUCCACCCCCCCCCUUAUUGAGAACAAGAUUCAUUUUCUUUUUGUUCCUUCUCGGUAAUUUAUUCUAAUUUAUUUCCCUGUAUAUUUGCUCCGUGCUACUGUAUAGAUGCGACCUCAGUGUGUACAGCCCCCUGUCCUCUCCUUGUCGAUGCGCGUUGGGGUUGUGUGUUCGGUGCCUGUGUGUGGGGCGGUUGGACUCAAGCCAUGUGCCUCGUGCGCGCUCUCGCAGCAACGUUGUGAGUCUUUACAAAUCACGUGAACAGACGGACAAUCAAAUGUACAAACCGUGCCUUGUGAGUAACAGUCCUUGCCACGUCACCGUCGACACUCGGCAUCAUCACCCAAAGCCCCCGGUCACCGCUCUGGUUCCACUCGGGGCCCGGCGAGAGGACGCCGCGCUCCGCCACAGCAGAGAUGGCGUAAACAGUGCGGCGUGUUCGCUGUGCCUUUUUUAAAAUCUGUUUCACGAGGCACAGGCUCAACCUUUUGACAUCUCUCAGCACGACCGGUCGAGUUUCACCAAGCAAAAAAACCUUCUUAAUAUCAGAAACGACUGUUUGCAAUCAAUGUGCGCUGUAACAAAAAAAAACGACAACUUUUUUAUUUAUUUUUUACCUGUAUACUGUAUUCUGCGCCUCUCUUUCUACUCCUGUGCUGAACUUCCCCCUCUCGAAACUCUUUAAGAUCUGUGAUAUGCUGGAUCGCCCUCGAGCUCGUCUGGGCAUUCGUGCUUUAAUACCUGGGACCCAGGAGGGCUGCGGGGGCGACGCUUGAAGGAGGAAUGAGCCACUGGUGCCCAGUAGGACCCGUCUGUGUGAGACGGGUUGAGCCUGUCGUUACCAACCACUGUCGCAACCCUGACUCGAGUGAAGCAUUUGUUAUUCAUUCAACCUUCAGUGUCUUUAAUAUCAAAUUUCUUCGAUCCAUUUUUUUUAAACAUUGUUUUGUUUUGUUUUUUUUAUAUCCAAGAAAGAGUGCAUCUUUACUGUCAAGUGCUGUGAUUUGGUGUGUUUUAAAAAAAAUACAUUUGACAUGUCUUUGACACGGCUAUUGUUGCUAUCUUUAUUUAAAAAAAACAAUUUUUGGGCUACGAUUUUUCCACACCUUUGUAAGAAGACGAAGAACGAACUACAACACUUUUUUUUGUUGCUACGAUUGCUUACUUUUUUCAAUGUUGUGGCAUUUUUUUUUAAAUUUGGGAUAUUGCCAAAUCUGCUGUGUCACUCUCAGUUCAAGGGCUUUUUUUCGAUAUGUAAAUGGAGUAAAAAUGCAUGUCCAACAUUCCUGGAGGAAAAAAAAUACGGUAUCUUAAAAGAUUUGAAUGUAAUUUAAUGGAGUGAAAUCCACGAUAUCUCUUUUAAUACAUGAACUGAACAGUGGGACUCGAUGCAGACGGCCGCGCGGGGAGUUUGUGUCGUCUUCCCAUUUCUUUCUUUACGUUCAGAGUGGUCUCAAGGAUUUCACAUUCAUGUUUCCUAAUGAAGUGAGACCCAGUCCAGAUGUAGCAGCUUUUGUUUAAGCAUCGUCUGUGUCAUCUUUGGGACUGCUCCGUGUCGGCCGCACAGUUUAUUUUCAAACGGCGCAAGAAAUGAAGCGAUGGAGGGAACGAAGGAGGACGGGGACGUUUGUUCUUUUUCUCGUGCAAUAUGCUGUAUAUAAGAGCUUGACUCUCGAAAUCUUACAAUUUCUCUUAAUUUUCUUCUGUUGUUGAAUUGGGUACAUUGCUGUUUUUUUUUUUUUUUCAUUAAAACUUUAUGGACAAUU